AUGAGUGCAACGGAAGAAUUCGGGAGAAAAACACGAGAGAAGCACUUUAGCUUCAACAAACAAUAUCACCCACUGAACCAUGGCUCGUUCGGAGCAUUUCCAAAAAGUGUGCGCGACCAUCAGCGCAUGUUGCAAGACGAGAUAGAAUCAUACCCAGAUACAUUUUUACGAUACACCUAUCCUGAACUUCUAGGCGAGUCUCGCCGCGCCAUUGCGCCUCUUCUUGGGGUGGAAGCAGACGAAGUUGUGUUCGUGUCAAACGCUACUACGGGCAUCAAUACUAUUUUAAGAAAUCUCGUGUAUGAGACGGGUGAUGUAGUUGUUUAUUUCAGCACUAUCUAUGGGGCAUGUGAGAAGACCCUUCAAUCUAUCUGUGACACCUCACAUGUCGGAUUGGAGAUGUUUCGUGUUGAAAUUGAUUAUCCUAUCGAAGAUGAGGAUAUUAUCUCCAAAUUCUCAGGUGCUGUUGAACAGUUGCGCAGCAAUGGGAGGAAUAUCAAGGUAGCCAUUUUUGAUACGGUGGUAACUUUACCAGGCGUAACAUUCCCCUGGGAAGGGAUGGUGAAAGUAUGUAAAGAUCUAGGUGUAUUAAGUCUCAUCGAUGGUGCACACGGAAUCGGGCACAUUGAUCUCUCGCACUUAGGACAGGUUGGACCAGACUUUUUCGUCAGUAAUUGUUAUAAGUGGCUUUAUGUUCCUCGUGGAUGCGCUGUAUUACAUGUACCGAUCCGAAACCAGGAACUCAUACGAACCACGCUACCUACAUCUAAAUCUUUUCAGUUGGCUAAAGAUUCUCCCAAACCAAACUACUUUGUUGAAAUAUUUCAAAAAGUUUCAACGAUUGACCCCACCCCAUACAUCUGUAUCCCUGAAGCAUUGAGAUUCCGACAAGGAGUCUGUGGUGGAGAAGAAAAAGUCCGCUCUUAUUGUCGUACCAUCGCGUUGACAGGAGGUCAAAGAAUGGCGGAAAUUCUCCACACGGAAAUUUUGGAGAAUCAAUCAGGUUCCAUAAACAAGUCUUGUUUCGUCAAUGUCCGUUUGCCUUUACGGAUUGUGCAGACUUCCGUCAAAGUUUCUGCUGAAUCCGAGACUGAGCACUUCUCAAUAAGUUCCUCAGAUGCCCCUCACAUUGCUAAGUGGAUCGAAGAAACUUCCAUCAAGGAAUAUGAUACGAUGAUUAUUACCAAGUAUUAUUCAGGGGGCUUAUGGGCGAGAAUUAGUGGUCAAAUAUAUCUUGAAAUGGCAGACUUCGAAUGGGCAGCACAAAGACUGAAGGAUCUCUGCUCAAGGGUCGAGCGAGGACAUUGGAAGCGGGUUUGA